AUGACUCAUACGUUUUUGCUGUACUGCUUAUUGUUUCUUCUGCCCACAGAGUCCUGCAGGACAUUAUGCCAGGCUGCCAGCAAAAGCAAGGAGAAGGUGACUGCCAGGCCACACGGUGCAUGCGAUGGUGUCUGUGUGGACAAUUCCCACUGCAGUCAGCCUUGCCCUCCAGACGCUCCAGGAAACAUGGGGUUUUUAUGUAGGCGAAAGAAAUGGCAUAAGAUCACUGAUACCUGCCAGACUCUUACCGCCUUAAACAUCUUCGAGGAGGAUUUUCAUACAGUUCCAUCAGUUCAAGGAGGUAAGAAUAUAAGUCAAUAUGCCAGAACGUCUGAGACCAUUGCAGAUAGGUUGAUGCAGAAGUGUCCGAAGGAUUUGUCCUGUGUCCUCAGCAACAUUCAGCGCUCCCCCCGGAUUCCAGGGAACAUCGCCGUCAUCGUGCAGCUCCUCCGCAACAUAUCGGCCAUGCUGUCCACAGACGUGGACGAAGCGAAGAUGCAGAGUUACAGCAUCAUGGCCAACCACAUUCUUGACAGCAAAAGCAUCUCCAACUGGACCUUCAUCCCUGAGAAAAACAGCAGCUGCGUGCUGCUACACUCAGUCAACACCUUUGCGAGAAACCUAGUCACCAAUAAACAUCCCAUUGACAUAUCGGAUGUCUUCAUUCAUACUAUGUGCACCACCAUAUCCGGAGAUAGCAAUGGGAAGAAUUUAACUUUCUCAAUGAGAGUUAAUGACACCCGAGUCACUGGGAGGGUGCUGAUCAGCAGAGAUGAAGUUCAGAAGGUGCGUUCUCCUUCUCAAGUCGUCAGCAUUGCCUUUCCAACUCUUGGAGCCAUCUUAGAAGCCAGUCUUCUGGAGAAUGUCACUGUGAAUGGACUUGUCCUGUCUGUCAUUUUGCCCAAGGAACUUAAGAGAAUCUCACUGAUUUUUGAAAAGAUCAGGAAUUCAGAGGAGAGGAGGGCACAGUGUGUUGGCUGGCACUCCUUAGAGAGCAGAUGGGACCAGCACGCCUGCCAAAUGAUUCAGGAGGACUCCCAGCAGGCCGUUUGCAAAUGUAGGCCAAGCAAGUUGUUUACCUCUUUCUCCAUUCUCAUGGCACCACACACCUUGCGGAGUCCUAUCCUGACUUACAUCACGUACAUAGGCCUGGGCGUCUCUAUUUGCAGCUUGAUCCUUUGCUUGUCCAUUGAGGCCUUGGUCUGGAGCCGAGUGACGAAGACCGAGAUCUCAUUUUUACGCCACUUGUGUAUCGCUAACGUUGCGGCCACCCUGCUGAUGGCCGAUGCGUGGUUCAUCGUGGCUUCCCUUCUGAGUGGUCCGAGGAUACACCACAAUGGAUGCGUCGCGGCAACAUUUUUUGUUCAUUUCUUUUACCUUGCUGUGUUUUUCUGGAUGCUUGCUAUGGCACUUCUUAUCCUCUAUGGGAUCCUGAUUGUUUUCCACACACUACCCAAGUCUGUCCUGGUGGCAUCUCUCUUUUCGGUGGGCUAUGGGUGCCCCUUGGUCAUUGCUGUUAUCACGGUUGCUGCCACUGAGCCUGGCAAAGGCUACCUACGGCCUGAGGCCUGCUGGCUCAACUGGGACAUGACCAAGGCCCUCCUGGCUUUUGUGGUCCCAGCUCUGGCUAUUGUGGUAGUAAACCUGAUCACGGUGACACUGGUGAUUGUCAAGACCCAGCGAGCUACCAUUGGCAGCUCCAUGUUCCAGGAGGUGAGAGCCAUUGUGAGAAUCAGUAAGAAUAUUGCCAUCCUCACACCGCUGCUGGGACUGACCUGGGGAUUCGGAAUAGCCGUAGUCAUCAACGAUAGCUCCCUGGUCUUCCACAUACUCUUCUCCUUGCUUAACGCUUUCCAGGGCUUCUUCAUCUUGGUGUUUGGAACAAUCCUGGAUCCAAAGAUAAGAGAAGCCUUAAAGGAUCGAGUGACCUCUGCAAAAUGGGCCUCCAGAAUAUCAGAGUUGAAUAUCAGAAUCGAUCAGGAAGCUUCAAAUCCUGUGGCCCGGGCCCCAGCCCUGGAGGUCCUCAUUGGAUUGCUGGGCAGUGUGGCCUGGGCUUUGGCUGAUUCCAACGCUGAGACCCACUCAUCGAGGCCUCCUGAAGUGCCCGAGCGUGGUGAACACCUUCCUCACAGCAGCGCCCCUGCUGUCAUGCAUUCCAGGAAUGGCAGAGCCCCCAGGAGAAAUGUGCUUGUUCCUGUCUUCUUGCCUCCCGGGAGUACGAAGAAAGCCUCCCAGGCUGUGGUGCUGACGGAGGAGGGCAUGACAUCGGAAAGGAUGGCAGGGCCUCUGUCUAUUUCUGGCUGCUAA